AUGCACAUGAUCUUCGUCUGGAAGAUUGAAGCCUUCCCAUUUCGAUAUGAGGACGAAGCAAGACUCUCUCUUCACUGGAAGUGGUUUUGGAAUGAAGCAACCAAAGUUCUUCCAGAUAUUGGAAGAUGGAUUCAAAGUGACACAUACAUCUUCAUUUAUGGGGGGACUGAUGUUGCUGGGACCCAGAGGAUUGGUACGCUCUUAGACUCCAUUAAGAAGGACCCCAUCAUCAAGCAAGCCGACUCCAUAAUUGAGCAUUUCAACCUCUCAAAGCUUGAUCAAACCUCUGCAACCAAUUUCUGGGUUAACAUCACCAACUCAAUGUUAAGCCGACUUCAAAAGCCGAACCACCAACAAGACAUUGUUCUUAAAGACAUCGAAACCUUACUCUCAUAUAAAAACGAGAAAACUUGGGCUCUCCUCAGCAAAGGCCCCAACGUGCUGGUUAUAGGGUUCGAUCCCUUGGUAACGAGCGUACUGGAGGAUUUCGAUGAAUGGAGAGUGAAUGUGCAAGUUCUUCAAGGUUUUGAUAAUGCAUUUAUAAAGUAUUACAAUGAAAAGAGCCUUAAUGUUCCUCCUCCUUGUUUCCACUUCCAAGUGAGCAACAUACGAUCAGGAGUUCCUUUCACUGUCACUUGCCCUGAGCCAUCUUGCAAGAAGAAUAUUAUGGAAGUUGAAACUGUUAGCUACAAGUGUUGCCAUGGGAUCCAUUAUCACCAUGCAUCAGAGAACUUGAACCGCGAGUUUGGGACCCCACUUUUGAAAACCAAAUGGACCCCAUGA